GCGGCCACUCAAACCGGGGACCAGAUAAUGAGGACCGUCAUCCAGUUGCUGUUGCUGCUGCUGUCACUGCAUCACGCCCAUGCUGCAUCCAAAGGUGUUGAAGCCAGCCUGAAAGCCAAGUGGCCAAUGACGCCCUUGUUACUGGAGACAAGUGAAUUCGUUGGCGAAGAUGGGGAAGAGAAGUUCUGGCAGUUUGUUGAAACUGUGAAGGAGCUCACUGUCUACAAGAAUGGGGAGUCUGUGAGAUCAUAUUACAACCUCAUUAUAAAGAAAGCCGGCCAGUUUUUGACCGAUCUUCAGGUCAAUCUCCUGAGACUUGCUCUCUCAUUGAGAGCGUAUUCGCCUGCUGUCCACGCAUUCCAGCAAAUCGCCAGCGAUGAGCCUCCCCCUGAGGGUUGCUCUGCGUUCGUCUCGGUACACGGCCAGCUCGCCUGCAGCACCAAAGACCUCAAGAAGCACCUCAAGGCCGCCGCAGGCAGGCCAAAGCCAUACCUGUACAAGAGUGAUCACAAGUUCCCUGGAGUCAACAGCACAGAUCUUCCAGUGGCAAUCCUCUAUGCUGAGAUUGGGACCAAGAAGUUUAACACUUUCCACAAGGUCCUCGCGGAAAAGGCUGGAGAUGGCAAACUCAUUUACGUGCUUCGUCACUUCAUAGCGGAACCAAAGCCAAGAAAGAUGCUCCUGUCUGGCUAUGGCGUUGAACUGGCCAUUAAAAGUACAGAAUACAAGGCUGUUGAUGAUACCCAAGUCAAAGAGGCUAAAUCCGAAGCAGACGGUGGGGAUGAUGAUGCGGACGAGGUUCAAGGUUUUCUUUUUGGAAAACUCAAGAAAUCCCACCCAGAUUUGAAGGACCAAUUAAAAGAAUUUAAGAAGCACCUUCUGGAAAGCAGCAAUGAUAUGGCCCCGUUGAAGGUGUGGGAGCUGCAAGAUCUCAGCUUCCAGGCAGCGUCCAGAAUCAUCUCCGCACCUAAGUUCGACUCUCUCAAGUUAAUGCAGGACUUGAGUCAAAACUUUCCCAGCAAAGCAAGAUCACUGACACGGGUGGCUGUAAACCACGAAAUGAGAACAGAAAUUGAAGAGAACCAAAAGCGUCUGAGCGACAGCAUGGGCCUCCACCCGGGAGACGCGGCGCUCUUCAUUAACGGCAUCCACAUUGAUCUGGACGUCCACAACCCCUUCAGCAUCUUGGACGUGGUGCGAGGGGAGGCUCGGGUCCUGGAGGGCCUCCAUAACCUGGGCAUCAAAGGGGACCAGGUGGGCAAGUUUCUGCGCUUGCCCAAGAACGCGGUGGAGGACAGCUAUGCCCUGGAUAUACGACACUCUGCCAUCGCGUGGGUUAAUGACAUCGAGAGCGACUCCAUGUAUCAGUCAUGGCCUUCGGGCAUCCAGGAGCUUCUGAGGGCCACGUUCCCCGGUGUCAUCCGUCAGAUACGCCGCAACUUCUUCAGUCUGGUUUUGUUUCUCGACCCCACUCAAGAAGACAGCGCUGAGCUGGUCAAACUCGCUGAGCUUUUUUACAAACACAAAAUUCCACUCAGGAUCGGAUUCGUAUUUGUGGUCAAUACAGAUGACAAAGUUGACGGAUUCUCAGAUGCUGGAGUAGCAUUUUGCAGGCUUUGGAGCUACAUUGAAGAGGAGUAUGAUAUAUCCCAGGCCUUCUUGUCCAUGAUAUCAAUGUACAACAAAGUGGACGUGGGGGAGACGCUGUCUGCGGAGACCGUGUCUGCCUAUUUGAAGAGGAAAUUUCCCAAAGCCAACGCUGCCAAGAUCCUGGGAGUGGAGUCAGAUUACGAUGAAAGGCGAAGGGAGGGCGGGUUGUUCUACAGGAAGACAGGCUUGGGCUCCCUGCCUGUGGGCCUCUUCAACGGCGUGCCCCUGAAGGAGGAGGAGAUGGAGCCGGAGGAGCUGGAGACCAUACUGCUGCAGCGCAUCAUGGACACCACCAACUUCUUCCAGAGAGCCGUCUUCAUGGGCCAGCUGAGUGAGGGAGUGGACGUGGUAGACUACCUAAUGGACCAGCCCAAUGUGGUGCCGCGCAUCAACCCCCUCAUCCUCAACCCAGACAGGAAAUACCUGGACUUCACCGCCUCUCCAGUGUCGGAUGACUGGACGGAUUCCUCCAUGUUCUCAUAUAUGGACACAAAGGAUAAAAUUGUUGUUGUCCAGAGGCGAAUGAAAUACUUCACGAAGACUGAGGAGGAAUUGGUUCAAGGAGUGACCGUUUGGGUAAUUGCGGAUAUCGGGACGGCGUCUGGGAGGAGGCUGCUGCUUAGUGCUCUAAAGCAUAUGAAGUCCAGCUCUGGUACUCGUGUGGGUGUGAUUAAUAACCCCAGUGGGAAGGUGUCUGAGGAGAGCUCGCUGCUGUACCGGGCGCUGUGGGCCUCCCUCCUCACCCACAAGCCCAAGGAGACGCUGGCCUUCGCCCUGCACCUCCUCCAGGAGGAGAGCAUCCAGCUGCUGCAGCAAGGCACCAGGAUGAAGGAGCUGCUGCUGCCCGGCAUGGAGGAGGACUCGUUCUCCAAGAGGCUGAACACCAUGGAGCUGGAAUUCCUCCUCAGCCAGCAGCACUUCUGCCAGUCCACGCUGAAGCUCCGCCCCGGCCAGAGGGCGCUGGUCAGCAACGGCAGGAUCUUGGGACCAUUUGAGGAGGAGGAGGAGCUCAGUCCAGACGAUUUUCAUUUGCUGGAGAAGAUAACGCUCAGCACAUCGGCCGAGAAAAUCAGAGCCAAAGUCAAACAGAUGGGUCUGAAGGGAGAAAAAGGCUCGGAGCUGGUCAUGAGGGUGGACGCUCUGCUGUCUGCCGCCCCCAAGUCAGAGGCCAGGAAGGAGGUGAAGCUGCCCAGAGACAAGCACAGUGUUGUGCACCUGCCCCCCCGUGAGGACGAGCUGUUCUAUGAUGUCAUCGCCAUCGUAGACCCCCUGACCAGGGAAGCACAGAAGCUCUCGCCACUACUGAGUGUGCUGGGACAAGUGGUCAAUAUGAAACUGCAGGUGUUUCUGAACUGCAGGGCCAAGCUGUCCGAGAUGCCCCUGAAGAGUUUCUACCGGUACGUCCUGCAGCCCGACGUCUCGUUCCUGGGCAACGACACCCUGUCGCCGGGGCCCGUGGCUCGCUUCGCGGACAUGCCCGAGUCGCCCCUGCUGACGCUCAACAUGAUCACCCCCGAGAGCUGGAUGGUGGAGGCAGUCAGGAGCCCUCACGACCUGGACAACAUCCACCUGCAGGAGGUGAGUGGCGUGGUGUCUGCGGAGUACGAGUUGGAGCACCUGCUGCUGGAGGGCCACUGCUUUGACCUGUCGAGCGGCCAGCCCCCCCGCGGCCUGCAGUUCACCCUGGGCAUGAGCCAACACCCCCUCAUGCAGGACACCAUCGUCAUGGCCAACCUGGGUUACUUUCAGCUGAAGGCCAACCCAGGGGCCUGGACACUUCGGCUGCGUGAAGGCCGCUCAGAGGAUAUCUACCAAAUACUUGCGCAUGAUGGUACAGACUCCCCUGCUGACGCUGGAGAUGUCAUUGUGGUCCUGAACAGCUUCCACAGCAAGAUUAUCAAAGUCAGGGUCCAGAAGCAUCCUGACAAACUGCACGAAGACCUUCUGAGUGAAGCUACAGAGAGCAAAGGGCUGUGGGACUCGUUAACAAGUAUGGCCGGCGUUGGCUCCGAUGAUGAGGAGAAGAAGAGGAAGCAGGAAGACGUGCUCAACAUCUUCUCAGUGGCCUCCGGACAUCUGUACGAGCGCUUCCUGAGGAUAAUGAUGCUCUCGGUCCUCCAGCAUACCCAAACCCCUGUCAAGUUCUGGUUCCUCAAGAAUUACCUCUCCCCCUCCUUCAAGGAGACCAUACCUCACAUGGCAAAGGCCUACGGCUUCCAGUACGAGCUGGUGCAGUACACGUGGCCUCGCUGGCUCCACCAGCAGACAGAGAAGCAGCGCAUCAUCUGGGGCUACAAGAUCCUCUUCCUGGACGUCCUCUUCCCCCUGGCCGUCAACAAGAUCAUCUUUGUAGACGCAGAUCAGAUUGUACGGACCGACUUGAAGGAGUUAAGGGAAUUGGAUCUGGAGGGGGCCCCCUACGGCUACACGCCGUUCUGCGACAGCCGCAGAGACAUGGACGGAUAUCGAUUUUGGAAGACGGGCUACUGGGCCUCCCACCUGGGCCACAGGAAAUACCAUAUCAGUGCGCUGUACGUGGUGGAUCUGAAGAAGUUCAGGAAGAUUGCAGCUGGCGACCGGCUACGCGGCCAGUACCAAGCUCUGAGCCAAGACCCCAACAGCCUCUCCAACUUGGACCAGGACCUCCCCAACAACAUGAUCCACCAGGUGGCGAUCAAGUCUCUGCCUCAGGAGUGGCUGUGGUGCGAGACCUGGUGCGACGAUGGGUCCAAGACCACGGCCAAAACCAUAGACCUGUGCAACAACCCCAAGACCAAAGAGCCAAAGCUGGCUGCCGCUGCCAGGAUUGUGCCCGAGUGGACCAAGUAUGACACCGAGAUCAAGAACUUCCUCCAGCAAAUAGACGAGAAGGGAAGAGGGCCACAUCUCAACGGCCAGGCUGGAGCGACACCAGACAACACAGUAAACCAACGUGAUGAGCUUUAGCACCUGCCGCCGCCGCCGGUGUACACGGGGUGCCGAAGAGGAACGUGAGAUUUGCACCUAAAUCCUCCUGUGAAGCUUGAAAGACUACAGCUGUGCAAAGAUGUACAUUUCUCAUCAGCAGUGCCAGGAACGUAUUACACAUACACAGGCCAAGUGCUGCCAGUUCAGGGGCUCUACUCCUCCCAGCAGGCAAUUUUUUUUGUAUCUAGAAGGAAUUUCGUAAUAGUACUUUUUGUAUUUAUGGACUCACUGCGCUCAAGAUUUCUCUACAGAUCUCUAGCUGGAACUGCUGUACUGAACAUGGCCAUGAGCUUGUAUCCCCUUCUGUGACACUGCAACAAAAGAACUUACCAGAGAAGGAGGUCAGGAGCGGCUAUUUCUGUCCUCAGUCUGUCUCAUAGUGGUAUGACUGACUGACUGACUGACUGGCUGGCUGUACAACAUGAGUGGAUUUUUGCACUGGUUAUAGGUAUAAUUCAUCUUGUUUAUUUGUUCUAUUACCUGAGGCACAUUUCUGUAUGGGUGGCAUGUUAUUAUUAUUUUUUGGUCUGAUCAGUCGAUGCCGUCCAUUACUGCUGUGAACAAUCCAAAGUAAAUGAAAAAUAAGCGGCCCAGCUAUGAAAUAUGAAGGUAGCCAAGUUUCCAACCACCCCUUCUUGUUGUUUUUCUUACAUUCCUGUUACAUUUGUAUCAUAUGGCUCAUUUAAUUCCACUUAUGCAUAUAUUGCACUAUGCUGUUUACCUGAAAGAGUUGAUAUUAAAUUCUAUAGGCAGCACCCAAUGAGAAGUUGUUACAGCAGCUGUGCUCCUCAGACUAGAGGUCAGUGCAUUAUAAUACAUUCACAAGAUAACUGGCUAAUAAUUUACAGUCUGCAGUGCAGUAUCUGUGGAGGCUGCCAGGAUAUAUGAGCAAGAUACAUACUGUCCUUUAAAAACAAGACGAAAGACGAAGCCUUUACAUUUCCUACCUUUCACUUUUUUUAUUUCCUCAAUCACUUCAAUUCCAUUUUUGUUGUCUGUUUUUCUUGAUGUUUAUUUAUAAAGGGAAAUACAGAAGA